UAUUUGUCCAUAAAAAAACAUUAAUUGCUUUUAAUUACAAGCACUAAUAAUUUAACAACUCUUUGGGUGCUAUAAUAUUGAUAAAUAUUUAAAUAAAGUCAGAUAAAUUAGCUGGUAAGCAAGAGACGCAAAUUAUAACCUCUAAUUCAUCAGAUUUAUUUAUUAUGUUGGCGCACUUGGAUGUCCAUCCACCUGGACCCACCGAGCACGAAUAUGUCAACCGUUGGUCACUUUUGAAUUAAAUUAACACUUACACUGACACUUGGAAUUUUAAUUUAAUGGCUGUCUGAUUUACGAACAGAUUUUUUUUAACACUGACGGGAGCUGAGCAUGAGAUCUGAGACUCGCGGGUUUUACUGUUUUGAGGUUUGAAUUUCCGUACGUCAGAAAAGACGGAAACAAGGGAAUAAAAUAUCUCCCUGGUAUUAUUGAGGGUCAGUAAAUUUCAGAGGAGUCACAGCACAAAACUAGACAUUUGAAGGGUCAAUAUAUUUUUUGGAGAUCGAUUGCCCCUAGGUGAGUUUUGAAUCAUCCGUAGAUGGGGAAAGUAAAAAAAAAAUAAAUUUGUUGAGAAAAAAUUUUUACUCUGAAAUAAAUUGCAGCAGGACAAGGAAAUUUCCAUUUUAAUAACUUUCAACAGAUGCCCAGAUGUUCCUUCGAGAGGAUGCCAGAGUAAAUAUAUAUAAGAUGCGGGUGUAAAAAAAAUUACGACGACUAAUAUUUCUUGAGCCAAUGGAAACUUUUAAUGAUUUUGUGAGUACUCGUGUACUAAUAUACCAAUGGAGACUUUUAUCUGAUCAGAAUUAUAACGAUAUAUUUAUAUGUAUAUAUAUAUAUAUACUAUAGCUAGUGUAGACUCCACUAUAUUUAAUUUUAAAUUCUUAGCGCCACGUCAUUCUGCAAAACUUUAAUUUUUCAACUGCUCUUUCUUCAAUGUUUCGGAAUUUUUUUUAGGGUUCCUUCCCACUCUUCUGAAUAAUUAAACUCACAGAUGUUUAUAUAUAUGAAUAUCCCUAAUGUAUCUAUACAAAAAACUCUAUCUUUAAUUUAUAAACGUAAAUAGAGAUAUGUUUCUCAGUCAAUGUAUAAACUAAUUUACUAGAACUAAAACUAAAACUCUACAAAAAAUAACCGUUUAUAUUUAAGUGAAGUCAAAAUAUUUAUAUAUACCUAACUAUGGGAAUUUGAAGUUCUUAUAAAUAAUGGAACUAUAAACUAUUGGCACAUUUAAUUUAAGGGGGAAUACUAGUGUGAAAUUUUGAAAAAAUCAAUUUUUUUUUUUUGCAUUUUUCGGUAGCCUAUAGCUUCAAAAAUUACAUACUAUAAUUUCAAAUGCAUGUCGAAAAUAGAUUUUUUGAGUUACAGCGAUUUGAAGAGCAGCCGCUUAUCGGUUCUCAAAAAUACAUUUUUCAAAAUUGCUGCAGUUAUAACUCGAAGACAAAUCAUCCGAUCGAUUUGUUUCGAAUCGCAGUUUCUUUUAUAUAUGUUUCUACGUACCAUGAACCUUCAGUUUUCCGAUCGAAUCAAAACUAUAAUUUUGGCAGGCCAAAAAUCAUUAAAUUUUCACGUGAAAUUUGAAUUGCUUUUAAAAACUCCACCAUUUUGUUAAAUUUCAAUUGUUUUCUUAGCCCGAGGGUCAUGGUACAGGAAGUACCUUCUAGUUUAAUAAGCUUUUUGGUUUUUUUGAUUUCAUGCACUUUGCAGGUCGCUAUCACUGCAGCUGUAGGGGGACUUUUUUUUUUGGAGCGUUGAGAGAUUAUGAAUAACUCGCUGAAUUUUUAAUUUUUUGGUCCAAAAAUUUUAUCUUAUAUUCAUUAUAUAUCCUCAAAUACAUUCUUAAAACAUUAAAACAUUCUAUGCUGUAAUUUUCUUUAAAAAAAUUCCCAAAAAUCAUCUUUUUUUUUCUUAAAACAUUAAAACAUUCUAUGCUGUAAUUUUCUUUAAAAAAAUUCCCAAAAAUCAUCUUUUUUUUUCAGCCGGUCACACUAGUGGUCCCCUUCAAAAAAAAUAUUACUGUCAAAAAAAAAUUUCUCAAAUUUAUAAGAAAAUUACUCAAAGUUAUUAACAAGUUAAAAUCAGUCAUAAAUUUUUAAGUAAUGUCAAAUUUCGAGUUGAAAGUCACAAGAAUCAAAAUCACAAUUUAAUUUAUUCAAAUAAUUUUCAGUAUUCAGUACAGUUAUAAAAUAAAAAAUUCAUAAACGCUACUAUAAUCCCAAAAAGUGCAGAUGUCUAACGUUUCUAAUUAAAAAAUAUUUUUUUUUGUAAAAAUAUUCAUUCUAUUUUUCGAUAUUUCAUUGUAAGAUUUAGAGUAAAAGAAAUUUUUCCGUAAAAGGUGAAAUAAAAUUCUAUAUUGUAACUGCAUACCUGUACAUCUUUAAAUUCUAAGGGUAUUAAAGUAUGUGUAUCUAAAUAGCCUGAUGGUCUGUAGUCUGUAGUGUAAAAUUUAUCUGGCCUCCGGCAGUUGGUUUAAAACUUUUAGCAUUAUAUUCAAUUCCAAAGGAUCUCUUCCAGGACCAGGACUGUGUUGGGUGACUACGAGUUCAAGUUCGGCAUUUUAAAAUACAGACUACAUAAAUACAUAUAUAUUUUCGUAUAGUAGUAUGGGUUACAGUUGAGAUGAUGGUGGUGAUGGUGGUGGUGGUGGCGGUGGCUGAUGUUAAGAGUGGGGGUGUCUGAACUCGUCAGGGUGUCAGGCAAAAGCAAGAGAAGCAUCAGGCAGUUGUUGAGACCACUUGUUUCAUUUUAGUUUGAGAUUUAACAUUCACUUAAAACCAAGUUGCCAAACCGGCAACAUCAUUUUUAAAAAUUAUUUUUCUUUGUUUACAAAAUAAUAUUAAUUAGUGAUUUAAUUUAUUAAUUGAUCAGUGGUUUUAUCAGUAUAGUAAAAUUUGUGAUCAAAAUUUUUAAAUAUUUGAAUAAAUGGAGAGCAGAACAAAAGUUUUAAGUUUUUUAUAAAUAAAUUGCCAGGGCGAAUUAAAUUUACUUAAAAAAAAAAUUAGUAAAUAAACUAGAAUUAAUAGAAAGGGUGAGCAAAGUCCGUAGAUAUGCUCUUCAAUUAAAGUUAAUUUAAACUCAUUUUAUGAGUACUCUUCAGUAGUCUCAUUGACGAAAGAAUCUUCCGUCAAAGGUCAACGUCAGUGCGAGUGUUUGAAAUUAUUUAUUUUUAUUAAUUGUUUGUUUAAUUAAUCAAUAAAUAAAUAAUAAAAAAAAUGGCUGAAGCAACUCGAGACUUAGACAUGCAUAUUAUUAAUUUGCUGACCAAAAUAUCAGCAAUUCAAGCGAAAUCAAAAGAUCGCAGUAAAAGUCAUAGAAUCCCAAUGUCUACGGAAUUAAGAAGUUUUGAAUUAUGGAAAGCGAUUGCUAUUGAAUGUUUAUCAACAUUUUUAUUCACACUUAUUGUACUUGGAGCAGCUUGCUCUUCAAAUGUUUACGGAAGUGGAUUGUCUGUACUCUCAACAGCGAUUGCAUCUGGAUUUACUAUUGCUGCUAUUUAUUUAAUAUUUGGCCAUAUCAGCGGAGGUCACGUUAAUCCAGCAGUGUCACUGGCAUUUGCAAUUACAAGAAAAAUAUCACCACUACGUGCAACUUUGUAUGUAGCAGCACAAUGCGGUGGUGGAAUCGCUGGUGCGGCAGCUCUUUAUUUUAUAAAUAUAAUCCAAUUGCUGCCACCAAAUGGACGUUCAAUUUUGGCCCACGAAAAAUUAUUUUUGGAAAUAACACUUUCAUGGUUUAUUGUUGCUGCACAUUUGAAAGCAGAUCCAGCUAAAAAUUAUUCAGCAUUUCUUGCAACGCCUGCAAGUGUUCUUGCUGCUGCUUACACAGCCUCAACAUUAGUAGCGAAUCCAUUUUUGAAUCCAGCAAGAGCAUUGGGACUGGCAUUUGUAAUAAACAAGUGGGAAUGCCAUUGGGUCUACUGGGUUGGUCCUAUUCUCGGUUCAGCGAUAGCUUCAGUUAUCCACAGAUUCGUCUUAUGUUCAAAACGUCAACGAGCACGUGAAUCCCGUAACAUUGACGACGGCGACAAUUCAUCAUUAAGAUCUGACGAGGACACUUAUGAUGAUUUCGAUAAACCAACGGGCCCUAAAUUUACGAGCGGCUAUGCAACAUACCGUCCAGUAACUGGAGCAUCAUCAAUAUAUUCAGGACCAACAACAACAGCAUUGGAACGCGUUGAAUCUAUUUAUGGUGGCACUAAAUCUCUUUACUGCAAAUCACCACCAUUGACUCGUGCUAAUUUGAAUAGAUCACAAAGUGUUUAUGCUAAAUCAACAUCAUCACCGCGUGAUGGUUUCGUAAUUCCUAAACCAGGACCAUUAGUACCAGCACAGAGUUUGUAUCAAAUGAGGUUGGGUCAGGCAUCUUUACCAUUACCAUCACGGGAACCAUUAUCUAGUAUAAUUGGUGCUCCACAACAAUCAUCAUCGACGUCAUCAUCGCACAAUCCAACUCAAAAUCACAACAGUACAAAUCAAAACAUGCAGAAUCAACUGCAACAAUGCACCCAAAGUAUUUAUGGUAUUCGUGGGAUUUCCACAAGUUUAAGUACUCGGGAAAAUGGUAUCUAUGGUGUCACAACGGCAUCAAGUAUUUAUGGACGAGCACCAGCGCCACCACCAGAAUCACAGCAACAAUCAUCUGUUUCAUCAUCACAAGGAAACCAAUCAACUUCCAGCCAAUCACAUCAACCACAGAAUCAGAAUCAGAAUCAGAAUCAUAAUCAAAAUCAAAAUACAUCCGAAGGAGCGAUAACACGUCGACCUGAGAGUAUGUACGGACAUAUAUCACGCAGAAGUGAUGACUCAGCUUACGGAAGCUAUCAAGGCUCAAAUAGAGGCAAUUACGGCAAAACAACUGGGCCGCCACCACCACCGCCAUCUGGAUUCAUCGGGUCCGUUAGUUUUCGAGAUAACAGACCGAGUCCUGGUCCCAUCCAACAAAAUCAAGCUCAACAAAAUUACCAACGGAAUUCGCCCAAUCCUCAGUAUUAAUCGUUAAUUUAGAUUUUUUUAAUACUUAUUACAUUUACUAUGUAUGUAUAAAUAUAUAAUAAGGACAUCUAUUGCUCAUAUAUUAUUUUAUGAUUUAAAGUGAUCACAUUUAAAGUGAUUUAUUAUUAAGUUACUAGAAAAAUAUUUUU